UCUCCUCCUCCUCCUCCUCCUCCUCCUCCUCCUCCUCCUCCUCACCAUCAUGAACCGGCUCGCGGCCGACACUCUUCUCAAAAAGACCCUUCUCCGCAGCUCAAUUGUUCUUGUAGUCUACAGUGCGAUCGCGCACAAUGCCCCGCCGCAGUACAGCAAGUGGUUCGCUCUCCUUGUGUUCUUUGCUGCCAUGCUCGCCUUGCUGCGAUCUCUUCUGCGAUUCCAGCUUGCAAGGCUAACUCCGCCGCCAGAAUCGAACGACCGUCUGGCGCUGAUCGAUACCGUGGCCGGGCUGCUGGCCUAUCCGGGCGAGAUGCACCGCUUCUACGCCCGGCGCCGGCUGCUCUUCUCGCGCAUGUCGGCCCGGCACCAGCAUCUGGUCAGCGGCACCGGCUACGCCAAGCGCCUGGCCGAGCUCGGCCGGCUCGCCGAUCGGAACGGAGAGCUAGCGACGCGGAUAGCGAAGCUGGCGGAGAAGCAGUACAACAUCACGCGGGGCGAGCUGCUGUACUCGAGACACCCGGUUGCGAACGCACGGGUGGUCGAGCUGCUCAAGCAUUUCGUGCGCGAUUGGUCGGACGAGGGCAAGCGUGAGCGAGAUGUGCUGUUUCCGCCGAUUAUUGACGCUAUCAAGCAGGAGUUUGGCGUCCGUAGCAACAAGCGCGUUCUCGUCCCCGGCGCGGGCGUCGGCAGGCUCGCCUACGAGAUUUCGCUUCUGGGAUGUGAAACCGAGGCCAACGAAUUCUCGCAGCUGAUGCAUCUCGGCAACCUCUUUGCGCUCGAGCAGAUCGCCGAGUCCUGCACAGUCUACCCGUUCAUACACAACCUGUCGCAUCAGACAACCGGCACACAGCAGUUCCGCGCGGUGCGGUUUCCCGACACUACCCCCGCGGACAAAGACCACAGCGGGCUUGAGGUCCGCUACGGCGACUUUCUGCAGCUCAAGACGAGGUACGAUGCGAUCGCCACGCUGUUCUUCAUCGACACGGCCGAGAACGUGCUCGACUACAUCGACACCAUCAAACGGCUCUUAGUCCCCGGCGGGAUCUGGGUGAACUACGGGCCGCUGAAAUGGGGCACAGCACCUAAAGCCGAGAUGACGGCCGAGGAGAUGGAGCUACUGCUGCCCAAGAUGGGGUUCACGAUCGAGAAGCGGUGGAGUGGGCAGGCCGAGUACGUAGCCGACAGCGAGAGCAUGUGGCGGGGGUUUUACGGUCUCGAGGGCUGGAUUGCGAGGAAGAGCUAGUGAGUUGAGGUCAAUGGACCUGCCCACGCUGCCUGGACCGAACUGGACUGGACUCAGACUGAGGCAGACGCGUCGGUGUUGACGGCGUGAGGCGCCGCGGUGAUUCGGAUCCGACGCGUCUUGAUUACGAGCGCAACACGCGUUUAUUGUAUAUUGAGGUGUUGAAUAGUAAUGAGUAAUUGUUAAGAUAAUAGUGAG